CCGAAUCUUCCAUUCACCCGAACGGUUGUUGAGUUUUCUAAAUCCGUAGAGUUUUUCUUCAUCCUAGGUCAAAAUGAGGAUUUACAAGGACAUUUUCACAGGUGAUGAAAUGUUUUCUGAUACCUAUAAAAUGAAACUUGUUGAUGAAGUUCUGUAUGAAGUAUAUGGAAAGCUUGUUACAAGAAAACAAGGAGAUAUCCAGCUCGAUGGCUUCAAUCCUUCUGCUGAAGAAGCAGAUGAAGGUACUUCUGAAAUUGUUGAAUCAGGUGUUGAUGUAGUACUGAAUCACAGGUUAUGCGAAACAUUCGCUUUUGGUGAUAAAAAAUCAUAUACAGCCUAUUUAAAAGACUAUAUGAAGAAAUUAGUCAGCAAACUUGAAGAAAAAGAUCCAUCACAAAUAGAAACCUUUAAGACCAAUAUGAAUAAAGUUAUGAAAGACAUUCUUGGUAGGUUUAAGGAACUCCAAUUUUUCACAGGUGAAUCAAUGGAUGUUGAUGGUAUGAUUGCUCUCCUUGAAUAUAGAGACAUAAACAAUGAAAGUGUUCCUGUUCUCAUGUUUUUUAAACAUGGCCUUGAUGAAGAGAAGUUUUAAAGUGUAUUCGCUGUGCGAAAAAGAAAAGCCUCUCCAUUUUUUAUACUCAUGUAACUGCUUUUUCUGAUAACUUAUUUUAUAAAAAAAAAACACCAAAAAAAGAAUGGGAAAAGUCUAAACAGAUCAUUGCUCUGUCAUCUAUUACUCAGGCCAAUUAUCCAGAUCAUUAAGGCUUGUGGAUGAAGAAAAACAUUUGGGGGAAAAUCAAAGCUUCUUUCAUGCUGAUGUUAUUUUAUAUGAAUUAAAAGCUCUUGAUUUGUUCUCUUUU